UGUAUCCCAGGGCUGCUGACUUUAAAGAGGUUCUAGUGCAUCAAUUCGGGGGAGGGGGAAUUGUAAGCAAAAGCUUUUCCAAUGUUUAACAGCUGUAAAAAUGUUGCCAGGAUGAAAUGUGCUCUCAGGAAAGAGCCUGUGAACCAGCUAUACUGGUUCCUUUCCUCAUGUAUAACUCCCCUCUUCCUUCCCUCAGAGGCACCUACAGAGACCUGUCUGUCGGACUGUGAAAACCCUCUGAGAGCCUCACCAAGUCACCAGAGAGCCCCAAAGCAGCAAAAGCGGUCGCGGGCAGCCUUCUCCCACACCCAGGUCAUCGAGUUAGAAAGGAAGUUCAGUCGUCAGAAAUAUCUGUCCGCCCCAGAGCGCGCUCACCUGGCAAAGAACCUGAAGCUCACGGAAACCCAGGUGAAAAUCUGGUUCCAGAACCGAAGGUACAAAACCAAAAGGAAGCAACUCUCCUCGGAGCUCAGUGAACUCGAUAAGAACUCUGCUCUCCCGGUCCUGAGAGAGGACAACCCCUCCAGAGCCUCUGUGAUUUCGGUGUAUAACAGCUACCAAUACUAUCCCUGCCUGUACUACUUGAAUGGCUGGAGUCCCUCUCUGUGGUAACCAGGCUAAAGACCCUUUUUCCCUUUUGAAAAAUUGACCUUUUUUUUCCCUCUUAAUGGGGGGAGGGGAGAAGAAGCACUUCUGCCCAGAGUUUCAGUGAUGCUGCUUUUCACCCUGUAGGUCCUUUUUCCUUUUCAGGGAACUCACAGGUUCUCAGCACUGUUACACAUCUAAACCAUUUUCCAUUGCACGAUUGCUGUGCUCUGGUGUAGCACUUACCAUUGGUAAGUCUUAGGCUUUGUCUACACUGGCGGGUUCUUGCACAAGAACAGCCAUUCUUCCGCAGAGCGUCCACACCACCCGCCCACUCUUGUGCAAGAAGGUUUACAGUAAAGCAUGGUAGGAGAGGACUUCUUGCGCAAGAGCUACACUCUUUUCUAACAGGUGUACACUGUCUUGCGCAAGAGGGUAGUGUGGAUGCGCGACAGGGGUUUCUUGGCCAUUUUAGCCAUAGGGCUUUCUAGCGCAUCAGAGCUUUCUUGCGCAAGAGCAUCCAUACUGCCAUGGAUGCUCUUGUGCAAAAGUACAUCUCGCACAUGGCAGUGUGGACGUGUUCUUGCGCAAGAAGCCACCCUUGUAGACAGCCUUAGCGUUUGAAAAGUUGUUCUCCAGAGGGGGAAACUGAGGCACAGAGCAAUGAGGUGAUUUGACCAAAGCCAUCCAGUGACAGUCAGGAAUAGAAUGCAGGUCCACCAGGUACAAACCAGUGUUCUAUCCACUAGACCAUAGCAUCUGCCUCUUUCAUGCACUCAAGUCAAUGGGACUCUGGCUUCUAUGUGCUUAACUCUCUAGAAAAUGAGACACAGGUGCUUUGGAAAACUUUAACCCUAGAUCAGUCAGUAAACUAAACCAUGAUGGCUUUGCACAGCAAAUGUCUCCGUAUAUUCCUCUGGGACCCUCUGACCCCAUGAGGGAGCCCAGAUAGUUAAAUAUAUCAAACAGAACAUAGGUGGGGCACUGAAGGGGGGGGGGGGGAAAUUCUGCAUUUUUUUCCAUUACAUGGGAACUAAAAAUCAUCUAGUCAUCCUGUAAAGACUACAAGACUUAUUAGAACUACAUCUCCAACCCCAUUUGAACUAUUGUCAUGCACUGACCAGUUCAUGACAUGUGCCCUACUGCACUUAACUGGCUAGAAUUAAACUGCACAUCUGUGUCAUAGCAUCCAUACUGUUAGUUGAAGUAGUCUCAUUUAGCUCAAGUGGUAAAGCCCUGUGACUUGAAGUAGAAAGGUUGCUGUUCUAGCUCUCUCAUAGUGAUGUGCUGCAUAGUAACAAACAUGAAAUAUUAGGGGGCUACAGAUUUUUUUUUACCAUAUGCAAUAAAUAUCAGGGGCAGGAUCUUCAGCUGGUAUAAAUCAAUUCUCUGAUUGUGGUGGAACUGCCCCUUGACACCUGCUCAGUGUCUAUACCCUAUUCACCAGUGUACCUCAUCACUAACUUAGCAGCACCUACCAAAGCAGAUGAUAAAGAACUCAAUGACAGAUUUUUUUUGUAUAUUCACAUUGCCUCUUUGAACAUUAACACAGGCUAGCUAGUACAAUACAUUCUAAAUUUUUAACUGUUAGGAAGGCUGAAAGAAGCAAUUCUGUUGGUAAAACUAGAUGACACAAAGCAGCCUAAUGCUUUAAAAGGCUUGCUGGCUCAGUAUUACUGUAAAGUUUUCAUGGCACAGGGUUAAAUGGAUAUUAUUCAUGCUUAUCGUUUGAACAGACUAACAGAGGUGAUUCCUGCUUCAGGUUGAUACAUAACCUACUAAUGCAAUGGUGCUGAGCACCUUCUGAUCUGACCUUUAGUGGGAAAUAAGAAACUACAAGGUGCUGAGCUAUCUCAGGGCAAAAUGGACUAAAGCUUCUAUGCACAAUGGCUAAGUAAAUAGCAUUUCUUUGCAUUCGCAAAGUAGCAAUGAUGGGUUUAGGAGCAAAGAGCUUGAGGUAACACCUAUUGUGAAGGAAAAGUUUUAAAAUAGAAAUGAAAUAAAUGGGAAGGGAAUUACCUUAAAUCAUUUGAGUGGGCUAAACACUGAGUUAAGCUAGGUCUACACUGGCUGCUUCUU